CUCUACGAUAUGGUAAACCAACCCCGGCGACAGUUGAGAAAGACCGAGAGAGUGAGGGAGGUAGAGAGGUGGCUGGGAAAAACUGAAUGAAAAAAAGAUAUGAGAAACAUUGAAAUGAAAGGAUAAAUGUGGAUAUUGGUGGUUUUCUGAGUCCUAUACCCUUCAUGUUUCGCCCCGGUGCGUACAGUUGAUACUUUCGAGCAUGAUUAAUCAUCUCUGCAUGUCUCAAAUGAGCGUUUUUAGUGUGCCAUUCACCAAAAUAGACUAGCUCAGUCCCUUUAUGCAAAAAAAAAAAAAAAAAAGGUUUUAUUAUGGAUAUGCAGAUUUUUGCUGCAUUAUUAUUUACCCCAACACCAAGCCAUCCAUAAGCUAAUUUUAUUUUGUAAAGUUUUUUUAUUAUUUCAUAUAUAUAAAAUGUUGGGGGAAAACAACAGAAAUAAUGGGAAAACAUUUGAAACUGAAUAUAUAACUAUUUAUUUUACCAUUUCUUCAUCCACCUACAUACACCGACAUCUUUUUUUCCUUUGUGUGUUGCUCUCUUUGAAGUGAGGAAGCAGUGCAAUGUGCAAUCAAAUACAAAACACUUUAGAUUAAAAGACGCCCUGUAUGUGGAGUGAGAAAGAGGAUGGGGCGGAGAAAUGAAGAUAGUAGAUUCACACACUUCUGCUUAUUUCCUUUAACUUAAUUUUUCUCGUCACUUUGCUCUACAUAUUUGUUCUUUUCAGCCACAACCAAGCACAACUCUCUACCAGAUGGAAAAAUCUCUGCUGUUGACUCUUACGGUGCUCCUGCUCCUUGGUGUUCGAGAAGGAAUCACCUCCACUACAACAGAAAACAGCUCCCUAACCGUUUCAGUCCCAUCAACCAUUAAUCCUCCUGCUGCACCCACAUCCUGUGCCCAAUCGAGCCCAUGCAAGAACAUCACCCAAUUUAUCACUCUGCCUCCAGUUCUUGCCCUGCUGAAGAUAUACUGGAAGCAGGAUAGUCCGUGUGAGGGUAAUUUGUAUCUCUCUUCACAAAUGCGUUCGGCUCCAUUGUGCUUCAACAGUCACAUGGCAAGCAAAUGGUGGAGUGAACUGUGUAAGGACAGAAGAUGUGGAGUCUUGCAGGGCUUCAAACCCACUAGAGAAACUAAAGGUUAUCUGCUCACGAGUAAUAUGACAGUGAGCUACGCUUCCUGUUUGGGUGUGUUAAUCACUUGCCAAGAUACUCAUGGAACAGAGUUGGCUGCUUACAAAGCAGUAACUGGCAUAUUAAUUUUCUUGAUCCUGGGUGUUAUACUGCUUCAGUUUAGCCGGCCGACAUACAAAGCCAUCCGCAAAAGAUUUUCACAAAAACGGCAGAAUCGAUGGAUCGGCCCGACUCAGAUGUCCUAUCACAGAGGUCAAGCUAGCAGUAACCCAAACAACAAUACAUUAAAGAGGCAGUCCUUUCCUGGUUUGGAAAGGCUGACAGUAAACCCUAGCAGAGAGCCCUCAUCUAACAGAAACAGUGACUAUGACUCAUAUGGUUACAACUGAAGGCCUGUACCACACAAGAUCUAACCGAUCUGUACGCAGAGCUUAGACGUUUAGACGUCAGUCUCAUCUACUAUAGCCUUAUGCUAUAAGGCUUCAGUUGGUUUUGAGCUGCCAUUCAGCAAGUCUUGUGAUUUGUAAAUAUGUUUGAGAAGUACAGUUAUGGAAUUGGUUCCAUUAGUAGAAAGUCUAACUGGUCUCAACAACAAAAGCAAUUACUUUGUAAUACAUAGCAGGAUUCAGUUUAUUUUUUCGUAAUAGCAUUGCUGUGUACAAAGAGCAGUUAUUAACUAAAGGAGGUUUUUCUACCUGAUCUGACCCUUUAAAAUUACUUUCACUGGUGUAAAUUAAAGUAGUCAGGCUUAUUCAGUCAUAUUACAGUGAAUUAUCACUUAAUUUAGAUGUUUCCACAUGAAGCACAAUUUUUAGGUCAUCCAAAACAUUUUUACAGUGUAUUUUUGAUGUUGUUUUGUAAAUAGCCAGAAACCAAUUGGGAUUUUGCUCUUGUAAGAUAUGUAGUGAUAGACUUGAUCAAAAACUAGAUGAACUGGUGGAAAAUGUGGCUUUUUUGUGGUUGAUUUGGUUCAUGAAAAUUAUUCAUUAAACCAUGAUUUUCAGAUUUUAAAAGAUAAUCAUUUCCAAUUUUCUUUUGAUUGUACAGUAUCAGUGAGUGAAGAUUCUGUGUAGAAUUGGAGUGAAAUGAGUUGAACACUAUAUGCUAAACACAUUAGCAUGGUUGUGUUUGUGUUUUGAAGAGAUUUCUACUGAUUAAAGAUCUGAGGUGGCAAAGAUGGGAGCGAUUUAAAGGUGAUAUUGGAAGAGGGAAUGCGGUGUGAAUGCACAAUUUUGCAGCAAUGUGGUUUCCUGUCGUAAUAGUUUUAACUUCCUGUUCCUGUGUUAUUUCUGUUGUUCAUGCUCUAAAUAUACUGUAGACGCACUGUGCUCAUUACAUUCUUUUCAGUUUCUUUGCCAACUCUUUUGUCUUUUCCUCCUUCCCCACCUCCCCCCCCCACCC